UGGUCCUAUGCGGCAACAAAACGUAAACAAUGUAUUAAAGUUUUAGACAAUUUACGUUUAAGUAAACGAUGGAGGAAUAUGAAGCGCAGUUGCUGGUGGUGAAGCAAGCGCUAGAGGCUACAGAAGAUGAGCAGCAAAUCAAUGAAUUAAACAUUUUGCGAAGCAAUUUGGAGGAACUACUGGAACUGACAAGGACAACUGAAGUUGUAAAUACAGUCAACGUUGAAAAUGACAAUUUGGACGACGAGCUGCAGCGCUUUCAAAGCGAAUUACAGAAUUUGGAGCAAGAAAAUGGAACGUCGAUGAACAAUGAAGAAGAGCAGCAACAGUUGGAAUCUUUGCGCGCCAAAUAUAAUGCCUUAUUGGGCGAGAAAUGCUCGGCUCCACAUGAACACAGCUGGGGUGCUCUUAGCUAUCACAAUGCGCUUAUUUGUGGAGUGGACGAUGAGGUCAUAAUAGGCGACACUGGGACGCUGGAUGUCAGACUGCGUGUGCUUUAUACAAAUCCGACGCAUCGCGAGAUGCUGCCGUGUAGCUAUUACCUUGAUGGCGAGUGCCGCUUUGAUGAGACACGAUGUCGCUUUUCGCAUGGUGCCUUGGUACCGGGUGCUGCUAUACGUGAAUAUAUACCGCCGGAUUUUCAUAGACUAGCACGCAGUUGUCCAGUGCUGGCUAAGCUGCAGGAUCGUCUCUGGCAUCGUGGUCGCGUGCUUUGCGUAAAUUUUGUGGAGCAGCAAUGCCGUGUGCGUAUGGAUGGUCAAGAGCACAAGGAACGCGAACGGGAUUUUGCUUUUGAGGAUCUUUAUCCAUUAACAACGGAUGAGCAGUCCGACAUCAGCAGCAGCAACAGCAGCGACCUGGAUGGCAAUAGCAGUGAAAGUGAGAGUGAGACGGAUUCUUUACAAGCGGCGCAUCGCGCUCGUAUGGUGGAGCUUAGUUUGUUUACCUAUCAACCCAGCGUUAAAUUAGGCGCGUGGGAAAAAUAUACACGCGGCAUUGGUUCCAAGCUAAUGGAAAAAAUGGGUUACGUACACGGUACGGGACUUGGAUCCGAUGGACGCGGUAUUGUCACUCCGGUAAGCGCACAAGUUUUACCGCAAGGACGAUCCCUGGAUGCUUGCAUGCAGCUACGCGAAGCGGCCAAUGGCGACAAGGAUUACUUCAGUGUGGAGCGCAAACUGCAGCGCGCCCAGCGUCGCCAGGAGUUGGUCAAUGAAAAAGCUUAUGCCAGGGAAUGCCAGCGUACGGAUGUCUUUGACUUUCUCAAUAAGACCGUUCUGGCGGAGCCGCUAACCAAGCAAAGAAAGUCCAAUGAUCUGCAGCAGCAUUCCAAUAAGACCUUAAAUGUGGAGACUGUGCGCAUUGCAGAUGAUAUACGACGCAAGCAGCGGGAAAUUGUCAAGCUGGAGCAAUCGCUGGCGCGGAAUGGUAGCGAUAAGCAGCUGCAGAAACGAGUGCGAGAGCAAUUACAACAACAGCAGCAUCAGCUGAGCACACUCCAAGCACAAGAGAGCAAUCUCAGUAAGGAGCAACAGACACGCAAGAGCAAAAAUAAAAUGUUUGAGUUUUAGUUAGGAUUAAGCAGCUUAUUAAUAAAUGUGUAAA